UUUAUAUGCUAUGGGCUUAGCUUUAAAUGUUUUCUCUAAAAAUGUUAUUGACAGUGAAGUUAAAAUUUGGGUUUUAAAAUGUGCAAGAAGCAGCAUCCUAAGUUGAUGGUUUCUUUUUCUUUAUUAGACGCUUUUCCUUCCGUCCGGCACCAGAUCCUUACUGUCAAGCUAAAUACACUUUCUGUCCAACUGGCUCCCCUACCCCAGUUAUGAAGGGUGAUGAUGUCAUUGAAGUCUUUCGGUUACAAGCCCCAGUAUGGGAAUUUAAAUAUGGAGACCUCCUGGGACACUUGAAAAUUAUGCACGAUGCCAUUGGAUUCAAGAGUACUUUAACUGGCAAGAACUACACAAUGGAAUGGUAUGAACUUUUCCAACUUGGAAACUGCACAUUUCCCCAUCUCCGACCUGAAAUGAAUGCUCCAUUCUGGUGUAAUCAAGGAGCUGCCUGCUUUUUUGAAGGAAUUGAUGAUGGUCACUGGAAGGAGAAUGGGACGUUAGUUCAAGUAGCAACCAUAUCAGGAAACAUGUUUAACAAAAUGGCACAGUGGGUAAAACAGGACAAUGAAACAGGGAUUUAUUAUGAGACAUGGACUGUCCAAGCCAGCCCAGAAAAAGGGGCGGAGACAUGGUUUGAAUCCUACGACUGUUCCAAAUUUGUGUUAAGGACAUAUAAGAAGUUGGCUGAACUUGGAGCAGAGUUCAAGAAGAUAGAAACCAACUACACAAGAAUAUUUCUUUACAGUGGAGAACCUACUUUUUUGGGAAAUGAAACAUCUGUUUUUGGGCCAACUGGAAAUGAGACUCUUGCUUUAGCCAUAAAAAGGUUUUAUUACCCCUUCAAACCACAUUUGUCAACUAAAGAAUUUCUCUUGAGUCUUGUGAAAAUUUUUGAUGCAGUGAUUAUACACAGACAGUUCUAUUUGUUUUAUAAUUUUGAAUAUUGGUUUUUACCUAUGAAAUUUCCUUUUAUUAAAAUAACAUAUGAAGAAAUCCCUUUACCUAACAGAAACAAUACAAUCUCUGGUUUAUAAAAUCUUCAUUCUACUGAUUUGUAUCCUUCUACCACCAGCAUAUCAGUCUUUCAUGGAGUUCUACAUUUGUGUAUUUUUUAGGCCUUUCUUCCUUGGGGCAAAAAGGUAAAAUGCACAGGGGCAGAAUUGCUGCAUAAUAAUAUCUCAGGAAUUUUUUUGGAAAGAAGCUGAAACUCUAAUAGUGUUGGCCAAAGUGAGCACAUUAUGUGAUCUUGAUUUCAAUCUCCCAACCCUUUAUUAACAUGGAGAAUUAUAGUUUAUAUCAGCUAUAUAGGCUCUUUAGACCCAACAUUUUAAAAUCAUGAAUAUAGUGUACCAAGAUUUUAAAAUUAGCCCCAGUGACAUUUUCAUGGUAGGAGCUAUUGUCUUCUGGUAUGGUAGUUACCCUUUUACACUUAAGUACUCUUUGGUAGUUUAGACGGACUUUACCGCUCUUGCAGCUUUUGGAACUGCUCUAUUAGUUUGAUUUUGUUCCGUCCACUUAAAGCUAAAGACUAAUCUGGACGCCAUAUGUAGAGUGGCUGUGGUUCCAGAUGAAAAAGAGCACAAGUGUUUGGCUAGUAUUUUAGAACUAGCUAGUAACUGGCCUUGUGUGAUAUAAGCAACUUAAUACCUUCGAACCUUAGUUUCCUUAGCUCUAAAAUGAUUCAUCUGUGAGGACUGUGGUAAAGAUUGAAGCCAUGUAUGUUUGGCAUAGUAAGGUCAAAAUAAAUAGUAGCUAUAAA